CAUCGGGAUCAGGAUUCAUUGACUGAUACUCAUUUGAGUACAAGCCUGGCUCGGCCUGCCGUAUGUUUAGUUGAUUUCGUCAUAAAUUGCAGCAAGUUCAUGGCAAAUUUAGCUGAUGAUGAGGAUCUGGCUCUGAAACUGCAACAGCAGUAUGACAUGGAGGAAGAGCGAGAACACCAAGACUUAAUGAUGGCCAGAGCUUUAGCCGCUGGACAUGAUAUAUCCGAUUCAGAUGAUGACAGACCUUCAACAAAUAAAAAAUCAAGCUUUCUAUCUGAACAUACUGUCAGCGACUCAGACUCUGAUGCCACGUACAUUGAAGACGAAGAUGUGUUAAACACCAAUGACAACCAUCCGACGACGAGACAAGCAAAGCGGAAACUGGAAUCCGAUUCGGAUUCAGGCCCACAAAAUGAGGAUGAAGAUCGGAGAGGAAAGAAGAAAACUGGAGUAAAAACUAAAUCCCAGGAGAAGAAAUCAUUGAUAUCACAGUCCACAAAGAGAUUGAAGAAAGAGGACACGGUGAUCAUCGAGGAAGGAGAAACCAGCAUGCCCCGUGGGUCGAAAGAGGAGUGCCAUUAUGGAUCCAAAUGCUACAGAAAGAACCCUUCUCAUUUGGAAGAGUACACACAUCAAGGCAAGAAAAGCCCUGGAAAGCCUUCACCCAAGAGACAGAAAUCAGAAGGAAAGAAAUAUCCACUGUCCUGUCCAGAAGCAAUUAAGGAGUCAUCACCAUAUGGUUUCCUUCUCACAAAAGUUGAGGGGAUUGCGUCAACCUAUAAUAAUCAGUAUGCUGUGCAUAUCAAAGAUAUUCUAGAUCCGUGCAUGGGAAAACUGGUGGAAUCAGCUCAGUUCAACUACAUGUUUGACAUACCAUGGCUAAUGAAGCAGUAUCCAAGAGAGUUCAGAGAUAAACCAUUACUGAUUGUACAUGGAGAGCAGAGGGAAGGAAAAAUAGCACUUCAUGAAGCAGCGCAUCCUUUCCCUAACAUCAAACUAUGUCAGGCAAGGCUUGAUAUCAUGUAUGGUACACACCAUAGUAAGAUGAUGUUUCUUCUCUAUGCCAAUGGAAUGAGAGUAGUGAUUCAUACGGCUAACAUCAUUGAGAUGGAUUGGCAUCAGAAAACUCAAGGAGUGUGGAUCAGUCCUCUCUUCCCAAAGUUACCUUCAGCCAAACAGACAGCAUCGGAUGGAGAAUCACCCACUUUCUUCAAAAGAGAUCUACUAGCCUACCUUACAGCCUACAGAGCACCAUCACUGCAGCCAUGGAAAGAUCAUAUCACUCAACAUGACCUUUCAGGUGCAAAGGUAUUUCUAAUUGCAUCAGUGCCUGGCAGACAUAUUGGAGAAUCCAAAGAUAAAUGGGGUCAUCUCAAAGUCAGAAAGAUUCUACGGCAGUAUGGUCCAGACAAACAUCUAGUCCAGGCUUGGCCUGUCAUUGGUCAGUUUUCCAGUAUUGGUUCUCUGGGUGCAGACAAGACCAAAUGGCUGUGUGCAGAGUUCCUUCAAAGUAUGUCAAGUGUCAAAGGUCAAUCAGGGACAUUCACCUCCAAUGCUGAUACAAGACAUAUGAAGCUGAUCUACCCAUGUUCUGAUAAUGUGCGAACAAGCCUUGAAGGUUACCCUGCUGGUGGAUCAUUACCAUACAGUAUACAGACAGCCAAGAAACAGCCAUAUCUUCACCAAUUCUUCUUUCAGUGGAAGGCAUCUAGAAUGGGUCGUAGCAGAGCCAGCCCUCACAUCAAAUCCUAUUCCAGACUUUCUCCAGAUAAUAAAGAGAUUGCGUGGUUCAUGGUGACAAGUGCUAAUUUGUCAAAGGCAGCUUGGGGAGUUUUUGAGAAGAAUGGCAGUCAGCUGAUGAUUCGUUCAUAUGAGAUUGGAGUCAUGAUGAUCCCCUGUAGCUUUGAUAAGACUUGGAAGACGUUUCCCUUAGUGGAUGGGCAUGGCCAGAAAGAAUUCUCACUCCCUUGGGACGUUCCUCUCACACCAUAUUCUAAAUCAGAUCGACCAUGGAUCUGGGAUAUCCCAUACACUGAUAAGCCUGAUUCCCAUGGAAACGCUUGGGUGCCUGGAAGAAGAUGAUCGUUUCAUAAUGGAAUAGAUUGGAACCAGAAGCUAAUUUCCUUAGUUUGGGCCCUGUUCCACAAAACUUGCGGUUUAAAGGGAAGUCCAUCUCAACAUCAAGUUGGUUUUCACAAGAGCAGAGAAAUUCAAGAAACACGACAGUUUACAAAUAUCCAUCAAAUAUUGAUAAAGUAAUUGAUUCUUAAAGAUAAUUUGUGUUGUCUCAUGCAAGCAGUUCAUUCAUUUGCUACAUAAUG